AUGACUUAUCCUUGGGGUCGGACUGCCUAUGAAUUUCUUGUUGAUUCUAUCAAGUUGUUGCAUCCACAAGGAGGGUCGUACACCCUUAGCGGCUUCAAGGACGUGUUAUUGGUUUGGGCGUAUGAAUCUGUCACAGUGUUCGGAGAGCUUUAUGGCAGAAAAGUGAAUCCAGACGAAAUUCCGCUUUUGCGAUGGGGUGGAAGUCGUACUCGUGCAAGUCUUGCUACUACAAUAGCUAAGGAGAUGAAUGAUCAUGGAACGGUGCAUGUGAGGAAAAUGGUGAUGAAGGAGGGUCUAGAAGAGCUGUUUCCUCAGUGGAAGGAUGAAGCAGAUGACCCACAACUUGAUAACCUAAUUAAAGAUAUACAUGCAGAUAGGUUUGUUAGAGAUUUUUAUGUGCAAUCGAAUGAGAAGAACAAAAAAACGAAGGCUGGAGUUUCGUCAGAGGCUGAGCCACCCUCAAAGAAGCAGAAGAAAGGUAAGAAACAAAAGGAGGUGAAAAUCAAUGAGGGUGAAACUGCUGUUGUAGAGGAGAAGGAGAGUGCAAAGGAGAAGGGUCAUAGCGAAGCGGUUCUGCUGAACAUAGUUGCUCAUCUCGAGAAGUUGGACCGAAAAUUUGACUCGAGAUUAACAGAAUACGACACCAAGUUUGGAUCUUUUUCCCAAGGCCUUUUGGAUACCAUUGGAGAUACAGUGAAAACUACAGUUGAAGAGCGUCUGAGAGUUUUGGGGGUGUCCAAUAUUAGUCAACCUGAAGGUCAACACGUGAUGGUCUCAGAAGACAACCAACAGCCGGAGUCCAAUAGUGGUCAACCUGAUGGUCAAAACGUGAUGGUCUCAGAAGACAACCGACAGCCGGACUCCAAUAGUAGUCAACCUGCAUCUAAGACCCCUAUUGAUAAACAGUCCGAAGACAGCCAACCGCAAAAGACCCCUGAUAAAGGCCAAUCUGAGAAGAAUCUGGUAGAUGAUAUUGCUAAAGCUGAUGCGAAAGGUAUGGGAGCAAAGCUGAAUUCGAAGGUUGUCAGGGAUAAGGCUGCCGGGGUGAAAAAGAACUUGGAUUCGGCGUUUGGUAAUGCCGAUGCAACAAAUGCUGAUUUGGUCUCUGAUUCUCCUGGUAAGGAACCACCAUUCGGACGCGGUUGCAGGGGCUUAGGGAAUAGAAAUAACUUAGUGACUGAUUUGGAGAGGAAUGAAGCUGAGUUAAAGAAGAAGCAGAAGGAAAUUCCACAUGGAGAAGCUCACGAGGAUAUUGAGUUCUACAGAAUCCUCAUCACUCCAAGACCUUGGCCCAUCAAAGAAUAUGGAUGGCUGGUUCAAAAUCAUAUUGCUUCGUAUAUUAGAGUCCUCAUUCAAAGGUCCAAACAAGAUCCCAGCCCAUUCUGGUCCAAGCGCGUUGCCUUUAUAGACUCUUGGUUCCUUGAAUCAUGGGUUCACGAUUAUAAGGAGUUCGAAGUCAAACCGGAAAUGGUCAAAUUCAAAGGAAGUGGUUACGAGGGGUUAGCAAACGGUUUGAUCCCCACAGACAUUCAGACAAAGUUACGGUGGUUUACAGAUGUAGAUCACUUGUACGGAGUGAUUAAUACUGGCGGCAAUCAUUGGGUGGCUUUUCACGCGGAUCUGCAUAAAGAGAAGGUUGAUUGCUAUGAUUCAAUCGUUGGAAAGCAAACACUCGAAAGUGAUCUGAGAAUGCUAAAUUUCUUUGGGCCGCUUACUCGUACGAUCCCUGCGAUUCUGAAUGCCCUUAUUCCUGAUGAUAUCCGAGUCCCUACCAAGAAAGAGUUUGUAUUCAGACGAAGAACAAAACGUAUUGCUCCACAAAACAACCUGAGAGGCGACUGUGGAGUGUAUUCAUUGAAGUUCGUCGAGUGUCUAGCGCUUGGUGUAGCUUUUGAUGGGAUAUCGGAUGAAAAUAUUCAAGGUCUGAGAAUGAAGAUGGCAGCAGAUAUCUUCAAUGAAGGAAGUUGUAGUUUGGUAGGGUCAUUUGGCGAUGAAUGA